AGUCGAUUGACAUUAAUAAAGAAUUUAAAAUUAAAUUCACUUCUUCAACCUAAAGGGAGAAAAAGGGCAAUAAACAAAUGGUUCAAAACCCACUAGGCUCUCUCAGACACACACUAGUUUCCUCCAUUGACACUAUCCCACUACCUUCAAAAUCCCACCUUUUAUGUCAAAAUAAAUCUCUUUCUCUCUCUUUCUCUCUGACCAAUUGAGAGCAGAAACCAAACAACAGCAACAAAAAAAAAAAAACGUUUUUGUUCAAACAUUGGAGAUCAAAGAUUAAUUGCAUCUCCUUUUUGAUUUCUACCGUUCUCUUCCACCAAACUCGUUUCUGUUUUUUUUUUUUUUUUUUCAAUUUUUUUUUUUUACGUGAGCAUUAAAAUCUCACAGAAAAAUAUCAUUCCUUUGCUUCUUUCUCACUGUUACUUUCUUCUUCUUCUUCUUCUUCUCUCUCUCUCUCCUCUUCUUCUUGCGUUUUAAGUCAUUUCUCUCCUUUUGCCACUUCGAUUUUCUCUCAGCUUUAAACUUGGAGCUUAAGAUUACCCAUCGAAUUCAUCUUCCUCGUGAUCAUCGAGGAAGCUUAUCUCUUCUAUGGAAUGGAGAUUUCGAUUUUCCUCCUAAGGAUCUGCCUAGUUUCCUCGGUGUUAGUUGCUGGUUCUUCCUCAGGAUUGGAUUUGCUAUCUCCCUUAUCAUCACCACCGUCUCCAUUACCGGAAACUUCAAAAGGGUUUGGUCAAGCACCGAUUAGUCCACCUGAAUCUCACAAAUCCGGCAAUGCUCCUCAACCGUCUCUUCCUCCUCCAGAUGACGUGGCCUCUCCUCCGCCGUCAGAUUCCGCCGGACGUAAACCACCGACCGGUGAGCCAUUUGUCUCGGUUCCUAAUGCUCCAGCUCCAGCUACGUUACCCGUGAAGGAUCUGCCCGUGAACUCACCCCCGGUUCGACCUAUAAUCACACCGGUUGCUUCACCACCUCAAUUUGAUUCACCAAAAGAGCCUCCUUUCUCAGGAGGAAAAGUAACUCCAGGCCCGGUCUCGUCCCCUGUUUCGAACAUUCCUCCAUUUCCAUCAGUGGCUCUUCCUCCGCCUACACAGACCAUUGUACCUCCUAGAAACGCUUCUAACAAUCACAAGCCUCCUAUCAAAAAGCCCAUUGCUCCUGCUGCAUCUCCACCAACAAUAUGGACUGACACUUCACCGCCGGUCCAUCCCGUCAUACCAAAGUUAACACCCUCUAGCUCACCUGUACGAAAAGGAUCUCCGAGAAGAAACUCCCCAAUUACCCACCCGGUUUUCCCCAUUGAAUCUCCUGCCAUCUCACCAGCGAAUCCAGUGAAGCAUCCACCGCCCAGAGGUAAUGGAGAUGAUAGCAAAAGUCCGGUUCCUGCACCGUCAAAUGAAACUGCUAAACCCUUGCCUGUCUUCCCACAUAAAGCUUCCCCUCCUUCGAUAGCUCCCUCAGCCCCAAAAUUCGAUGGACACUCUCAUCACACAUCUCCUUCUACUAUUCCACCACCAGAUUCUACUCCGAGUAAUGUACACAACCAUUCUUCAUCAUCAUCUCCUCCUCUACCUUCAUAUCAUCGACAUCAUCAAGAACGAAAGAAAAGCACAAAUAGUCCAGCUCCUUCACCACCACCACCACCGCAUCGCGUAUCUCCAAAGAAGUCACACCGUCCAGUGACUCCUCCUCCAUUAUCACACCAUGCUCAUUCUCCUUCCAUUCCUGCUUCUUUGAUAUCUCCUGCUCACGCUCCAAUCUCUUUCUCAAUGCACCGCAUCUCCAUAGCCCCAGCUCCUUCUCCGACCCAAGUUUUUCCUCUCAGGUCCUCUUCAAGACCUUCAAAAUCCCGGAAGUUCCCACUCGGUCCACCUCUUCCAGCAUUUCCUCCUCCUCCCCCUAAUUCAGAUUGUUCAUCAACCGUUUGCUUGGAACCCUACACAAACACACCUCCGGGAUCACCAUGCGGCUGUGUCUGGCCUAUUCAGGUUGAGCUUCGUCUUAGCAUGGCGCUCUACGACUUCUUCCCUAUGGUUUCGGAGUUCGCUCGGGAAAUCAGCGCUGGAGUCUUCAUGAAACAGAGCCAAGUCCGUAUCAUGGGAGCUAACGCGGCUAGUGAACAACCCGACAAAUCUAUCGUUCUUAUCGAUUUAGUCCCACUCGGAGACAAGUUUGAUAACUUGACAGCGAUGCUUACUUACCAGAGAUUCUGGAGUAAAAAAGUCUAUAUAGAUGCAUCCAUCUUUGGCGUGUACGACGUGAUUAAGGUGAGUUAUCCCGGUUUACCUGCUUCUCCGCCAGUUUCCGGUGUGACAAUCAUAGAUCCAGGACCGUACUCCGGUAAUAAUAACGGUAGGGCGAUAAAACCGCUUGGAGUUGAUGUUCCAAAGAAGCCGGGCAAGAAAGAGCUCAAUGCCGGAAGUAUUGCUGUGAUUGUUUUGUCGGCGGCUGCUUUUAUCGGGUUAUGCUUCGUCAUCGUUUGGUUCUUGGUUUUCCGGCGACGAAGAGAUCGGCGGCUUUCUAAAAGAGCCCCAGUUUCUCGGCCUUCGCUGCCUUCCCUCUCGAAACCAUCAGGUUCUGCGAGGUCUAUAACCGGAAGCCGGUUUAGCUCAACUUCAUUGUCGUUUGAAUCUAGCAUUGCUCCGUUUCAUCUCUCUGCAAAGACAUUCACCGCAAGCGAAAUAGCGAAAGCCACAAAUAACUUUGCAGAGUCGAGGGUUCUUGGUGAAGGAGGAUUCGGACGUGUUUAUGAAGGUCUAUUCGAGGACGGAACCAAAGUAGCGGUUAAAGUAUUGAAGAGAGAUGACCAGCAAGGUGGCCGAGAGUUCUUGGCUGAAGUUGAAAUGCUUAGCCGUCUUCAUCACCGAAACUUGGUGAAUCUGAUCGGUAUCUGUAUCGAAGAUCGAAACCGUUCCUUGGUUUAUGAACUUAUUCCAAAUGGCAGCGUUGAAUCGCACCUCCACGGGAUCGAUAAAGAGUAUGUGGCGCCGGAAUACGCAAUGACGGGGCAUCUUUUAGUGAAGAGCGAUGUGUAUAGCUAUGGAGUUGUGCUUCUCGAGCUACUCACGGGGAGGAAACCGGUGGAUAUGUCUCAGCCACCGGGACAAGAGAACUUGGUUUCGUGGACUCGGGCUCUUCUCACGAGCAGAGAAGGCCUUGAAGCUAUUAUAGAUCAGUCCUUAGGACAGCCCGAGAUUCCAUUCGAUAGCAUAGCUAAAGUCGCAGCAAUAGCUUCGAUGUGCGUGCAACCGGAAGUAUCGCACCGUCCUUUCAUGGGAGAAGUAGUGCAAGCUUUGAAACUGGUUUGCAACGAAUGCGAUGAAGCUAAGGAACUUAACUCUGUGACUUCAGUUACUCAAGACGAUCUGAGAGAUGACAAUCGAGCUGAGAGCUCUUGUGGUGGGGACGUCUCGGGGAGGAUGGCUCGGUAUCCGUUGCUUCCGAAUUACGACUCUGAGCCUGACACGGAGAGAGGACUUUCUGCGUCGGAGAUGUUCACCGGUUCCGGGAGGUUAGAGAGACAGUCUAGCUCGGGUCCCUUGGCCUCGGGUCGAGGCAAAGGGUUCUGGCAGAAGAUGAGGAGAUUGUCUACGGGAAGUUUGAGCGAGCACGGGUCAUCAUCGCACAUGUUACGGUCUGGUUCGCAUUGAAUGGUCUCUUGCCGGUUACAAAACAUUGGAGCUUUUUGAUUGCCCUUUGCAGUUGAAAAGAGGAAAGGAAAAAAAAGGUGCCUUGUGUUACAAGCAACUCGUUACCUGCUGGAAACCGGUUUCGGGAGAUCAUUUCCGGUUCAAUAGUUAGUUGAAGAGAUAUUUGUGGAUCUUAGAAGAAACAAGAGAUUCUGUUUAGAGUCUAAUUUGAAUGUACAUAUUCACGUUUUUAAGGCAAAAGGCAUAAGCAUACCUUGCUUUUCUGUUCCGGUACCGACCGGUUCGACGGUCUUUAUUCUGAUUUAGACCAACUAAACAUGAUAUAAUAAAAGUCUGGUAAAAAAUAAAAAAAAGGCCGUACCUUGCU